GUUUGAGAUGUGUUGACGGUACGGGAGCCGACAGGGACCCGAGGAGGAGGUCAGCAGCUGAGACUCGAGUUCAACAAAGAGAAAAACGUUCUGCUGACCAAUCAGACGCCCCGCUGGACUCUUCAUGGCUGAGCUGGACCUGGACCCGAGCUGGUCCAGACCGGACUGGGUCAGCAUGCUGGUUAGUGAGCCGCUGAAACCUGAACCAUGUUAGACUCUGGUGGAGCUGCUGUAGAGGAGCAGGAGGCUGCAGAGGAACCUGGUCCUCCCGGUGGUCCCGGUCCUCCUGGUCGGCCCCCCCUGGCGGAGAAGGCCCUGUCGGAGUCGUUCUCGCGGCUGCGAUACUCCGACACGUCGCUGCUGAUCUGGCAGCAGCAGCAGCAGCAGCUGCAGGCGGCGCCGCCCUCCAACUACCUGAGCCGCAGCCAGUCGGCCUGGUACAGCAGCUACGGGAACCAGGCCGUGCUGGUCCGGGACAAGAGGGGCAUGGAGGACUCCGAGGGACAGUCCAGGAUAUGCAGCGUCAUGUAGGCAGGAGACAGAAACCAGGAUCGGAACAGACCGGAUCAGUCAGGAGCCAGAAACUCUGAUUCACACUGAACUCUGUGUUUAUUAUGUUUACAGUUUAGUUGAACUGAAGUUAAAGCUUCGACUUCAUCACGUUAGUUUAAACCACUUCAGUAGGUCCAUAUACACCAGCGGUGGGCAAAUAGUGGCCCUCGGACCAAAUCUGGCCCUCCAGCAAAAACAUUCGGCCCCUCGAAGUUUUAAUGUGUGAAUUUAAAAAACUGUUUUAAUUCCACAACUUGAGCCUGUUGAAGAAUAACAGAUGUGUUGUUCACAAACACGAUCGAACAGCAACAACAUGUUUGAUCGACCGCAGCUGACGUGUUAAUCACGUGUGCUUAACGAGUCUCCAGUCUCUGGUACGUAUGAGUCACUUAUAGUAAACAGUACUGAGGUCAGCUGUGACUCUUUUAGUCUUCAGUUACAAAUAGAAAAAUAAAAGAACAAAGAACUUCUUCACUUGUAAUUAGAGAAGAUUUAUUUAUUUAAGGAACUAUUUUAUUAUAAGACAUGUUUUUAUGCUGUAUAUCAUCUUUAUUUUUUCAUAUAUAUGAAUAUGCAUUCUGUAUAUUUGUCUAUCUUGUUGUCUAUCGUGUGGUGAUGAUGAGUGAUGUCAGUCUGACCUGAUUGGUCCACCAACCUAUUCAAGAUGUUUUCUCCUUUUGUCUGUGAACUGAAUCUUUGUUCCUAAUAAAUCUUCUCUACAUGUGA